GGCCAUCUACGAGACUGCUUUCGCACAUCUCUCAGCUUCACUGGGAAAUCAAGCAAAGAUGCGAGGCUCAAAGCCAUGUCCGACAAUUUCCUUUCACCGCCAAGGAGUGCUGCUUCAGCCUCGCCGCCCUGUUCACUGCCUUGCUACGCGUACAGGUCCGGCGGUGGUGAACGAUAAAUACCAGAAUUGUUCCAGGUUCCUGUAAUGACAAACAAUUCCUCAUUCUAUUCAAACUUAAACAGCUUUCCACAUCUGCCAAGGGUGCAGGACAGACAUAUUCCUACUUCCUAAGGGUGCAAGAUGGCUCCCCGCAAGGCCACUACCGCCGGCAUACGCAAGCCACGCAAGAAGGCUCGUCUCCCAAAGAUCUUUAGUUGCCUCGUGUGCGACCGAAAUGACGUUGUUCGUGUUGAGAUGAGGAGGAAGAAGAAGACUGUGAUGAAGGACGGGAAGAGGACUAAGAAGACUGUGAGAGAAGGAGUUGGCAAGCUGCAAUGCUCGUCAUGCCACGUCAAAUUCGACUACCCCAUCGGUCACCUCAGUGCUGAGGUCGAUGUCUACAGCGCGUGGGUAGAUUCCUUGGAAGCACAGAACGAGGCCAAGAAGGCCGCUGUGGCCACCAGCACAACCACCGGAAACUGAGAGAUGACGACGUCUACACCGGCCAGACGGAGUCACUUGGAGAAGAAAUGGCAUCGAGUUGGUUUACGAUACACUUGAAUGCUACUCGGUCAACCUACGA